AUGACAUUUUGUGUUGGCUUCAUCUAUCUUUCUUCGGAACGAGAAGAUAAUUAUGUAUGGGCCUUAAGUGUACUACGGAGAUUGAUGGAUGAAAUAGCUAUGCCCGAUGUUAUUGUCACAGAUAGAGAAUUGGCUUUAAUGAAAGCCAUUGACGCAGUGUUUGAUACUUCGUUGAACCCAUAUAAGGAUAGGUUUGUUGCUGCAUGGAUAGAUAAAUGCAUGCAUUUUGGGAAUACAACUUCAAAUAGGGCUGAAAUUUCACAUGCAAGAUUAAAAAGACAACUUGGAACAAGCCAAGGAACAUUUGCCACAACAUGGGAAAAUAUACACGCUUCACUUGAGUUGCAACACACUGAAAUUAAGGUUUCGUUCGAGGAAAGUUUGAUAGUGGUGCAUCAUGAUUUUAGAAGUUCAGAUUUUGAGGAACUUCGUGGUUUUGUCUCAAGUAGUGCACUAUAUAUGGUACUCGAGGAGACCAAGCUAGCUAACAAUUAUGGAAUUGACUCUGAGGUGUGUGGCUGUCUGUUACGACUAACUCAUGUGUUACCAUGUGCUCAUGAGAUUGUAAAGUACAAGAAAGACGGUAAACCUAUUCCACUUGAGUGCAUUGAUCCUCAUUGGAGGCAACUUGACAUGACAUGUGCACUUAAAAGAAAAACUUCGGAGUGUUCCUAUGAUGCAGAGAUGAAGUUAUUUCAUAGGCGUUGGAUGAAGUCUGAUGCAACUACACAAAUGAUUCUUAGAAGGAAACUUAUGGAAUUAGUAGCACCACAAACUACUUUACUUGUGAAACCAUUUGUGAAUACCAAGACUCGAGGUAGGCCAGGUAAGAAGAUGGAUAAAUCUACUCGUCGUGAUCCAUCCUUAUUUGAGGUUGUAGAUUCACCUAGGUUGGAUGGAUGUAGUCUAAGUGGUAUUCCUCCUAAAGUGAGCGCAAAACAAAAGAGGCAACCGAAGGAGAGGCCAGUUGAGUUUGUUGAUGCAUUUCCACAAGCAUUAAGGUCGUGCAUCCAUCAUGUAAAAGAUGUGGCAACAGAUGGACAUUGUGGGUACAGAGCUAUUGCAGCAUUAUUAGGUUAUGGUGAGGACGGAUGGGUACAAGUAAGAAGUGAUUUAUUGAAUGAGCUUGAAUCUUAUUCAGUUCACUAUUCAGCACUUUAUGGGUAUGAAAAUAGGGUCUAUGAGCUAAAACACUCAUUGGCGUACUUUGGACCUGAUGCAAAUUUUGAUCGGUGGAUGACUAUGCCUGACAUGGGCCAUAUUAUUGCAUCAUGUUAUGAUGUUGUAUUCUUGAAGCCAAGUCAUCCAAUUCCCCAUAUAGCAACAAACUGGGACAGAUACCGAGAACCAUGGACUACAGAAUGGGCCACCCCAUACAUCACUCGCAUACAACAAUUCAUAUAUAUUACAAGGUCUACUGUUAUAACUAGAGAAACAAUUGCAUAUGAUGAUGAUUGA